GGGUUGAACCCUCUUGGCGGCCAUAUUGAAUAUUCUAUUUGACAGUUGUGGCUCAAGGAAGCUUAACAGAAGAUAACUAUAUGAGUGGAGGAACAAAACUUGUGCUUUUUCCCUCCAGUUAGUGAAGGGCGUUAGUCCAACGUUUUUAAUAUUUUUGUCUCAACCGAGAGAUGGAUGAAGAUGAACGCCGGAGAAAAGUCGAGGCUGGGAGGGCUAAGUUUGCUAGCUUCCGACAGAAGCGGGCGAAAAGCAGCGGUGCGGGGGCGCCGAAAAAGACGCCGAAGAGGAAGGGCCAGGCUGUCUCGCAGGAUGACUGUGCGACGCAAGACCCCCGAAUAGAGUCCACGCUGUCCCUGCUGGCCAAUGGUAACAAGCCGGAUGGGAACUCCCUACACGCGGAGGUGCAGCUGAAGGAUGAGCGUCUCAGCACGGAGCCUCUCCUCUCCUCUGUCAACAAACUGGCAGAUGAGGAGCUGAUUGCCCUCACAAGUAAAGACCAGCUACAGCAGUUGAAGCAGGCUGUGGAAAAGCGCAACGAGAUCAUUGCCAAGCUCAGCGCCAACCUGCAGGAAGCCCGGACUGAUAGAGAUGAGGUCCAGCUGAAGGUGCAGUCACUCACUGGUCAGAUCCAAGCACUGCAGAAACAGCUCCAGCAGACAAGUGUGGACUUUUUUCGCCUUAAAAAUCAGUCCGGAGCAGAAGCUCCUCGCGUUGUACAGCAGGAGCAUGGUUCCCCCAUUGAAGACUUCAGCCUUGCGGAUGUCUCCAUGGAGGAAGGCUUGGGCCUGGACAGCAAGACGGAGACGGAAAACGUCCUGCAUGAGCUGAGAGUCGAGCUGCAAGAGGAAAAGGAGAACAGCCUUCGUAUAUGUGCCGAACUGGAGCAGGAGCGGGAGAAUCACCACCAUGUGCUUUCUUUACUGGAGGAACAAAAGCGAGGCUGGGAGGAGGAGGUCCAGCUUCACCGCACUGAGCUACAGCAGCUCAAAGUGGAGAAGGCGACGCUCAACAGAGAAGUGCUGGAGCUGAGGAGCAGACUUGAGGUGGAGAAGGAAACUGAGGGAAGAGUGGGCAAACAGGAAACCAAAUUCACCCUCCGCCUACAGAGCCUUGAGGAUGAACGACUUAGACAGGAGGAGGAGAUGAGGUGGGUGAAGGAGGAGCACAAAGAGGAGCUGGAGAGACUCAGCCAGCUGUUGGAGGAGCGUGUCAAAGAACUUCAACUCAGAGAGGAAGAGGUCAGGGGACUUAAAGCUUCUAAAGAUCUUCAGAACCAAGCAAAACCUGCGUGCUGCGUUGAGAUGAGCAGCACAGAUGAAACCAAUGUGGACACGAUGAAUGUAUCGGCACCUGCGGACCAUCUGCUGGAGCGCUACUUGUGUUCUUCCUUUGCACAGUCUUCACUGGUUCAUGAAUGUGUCGAGCCUUGUAGUCAGCUGGACAUCUCUACAAGCCAAAGCUUUGAGCUCAAUAGCCAACUGUUUGGCGACCAACCUCUGCUCUCCAUUUCUAAUUGUGCCCCAAAAGAGGGCUCGAAUGUUCACAACAGCUCCCCUCAUCCCUCAUUGACUGACAAUUCUAACGACCUGUGGUUAAACGACUCCACCUCUGGCCCACUGGAGACGAGCGGCGUCUCUGAGCAGCGUUUUGAUGGGAUGGCCCUGGAAGAGCUGCUGAAUCAGCAGUGUGGAGAGCUCCGUCAGGAACUGGCGAUGAAGGACCACCAGUUGAAUGUUCUGAGACAGGAAGUCGUCAAGACGACUGAAGAGCUGGAAGAGGCUCGGAGCAGGUGGGCUCAAGUAACGGAGGAGCUCAUGGAAGGUCUCAGGGAGCUCGAUGAGGAGAAGGAAAGGAGGAGAUUUGCAGAGGAGGAGAUGAGCUCAAAAAAUCUCCAACUGGAAAGCCUUAGGAACAAAUUUCCUAGUGCCUUUUUGGAGGAAAAGGAGUCAGACGUCUCUCUUGAAGCUUUGGCAGAGGUGGAUAAAUGCGGCGGAGAGCUAAAGAAGGAUCAAGAGAGUUUCCAGUCACAUCAAAACCAGCAGGAGAUGCGGGGAGCAUUACUACAGGAGAUUAAACAGGUCGCAGCGGUUACGUCUCAAGAUGACAACCGGCUACGAACGCUGCAGGCCAGUUAUGAUGAUCUCAUACUUGAGCUAGAAGAGACCAAAAGAAGGCAUCAAACCACAUCCGCCCUCCUGGACAAAAGGGCUGGGGAGAUGGACCUAACCGUAGAAGACCUCCAAAUCACACGUACUCGGCUACUAACUGUCCAAACAGAGGCAGAGAGCCUGCAGGAAGAGCUGGAGAAGGGGCAGAGCAGUUUGCAAAUUGCAGAGAAACAGAGGAGUGAACUGGAGGCUGAGAUUUUGUGCCUGAGGCAAAACCUUAGCUGCCUGGAGGACGCCCAGCACCUGCCUGUGGAGGAAAGGGAAAGGCGUUUAGCAAAAGAAGAGGAGAUGGGUGAACAAAUCAAGAAGAUAGAACAGGUGCUCCAGGAGGAACUUAAACAGUUUGAGACCAGGCUUCAAGCUAAGGAUGCUGAGCUGGCCAAAGAGAGGGAGAAAUGGGAAGACGAGAUGCAGGAGAAGGACAAAGAACUUGUGGAUAUAAGGGGAAUACUAGAUGAGCUGAGGAUGGAGAGGGAGGAAGAGGUGAAGGCUCUGCUGGACAGACAGGUCUUGGCUGUGGAGGAGGCUACAGAGAGGCUCAGGGCGUCUCACCAGGAAGAGAUGGACCACCUGAUGGAUAAACAUCAUCAAGAGAUUAUAGAGUUGAACGCUCGAAUGGAGGCUGAGCUACUGGAGCAAAAAGCUGCCUUGGAGCAAGAACAGAAACGCCAGAUCAGCCUUAUUAAAGAGGUGACUGAACGGGAAAAUGAGCGGAUGCUGUCAGAGCUCAAUGUCCAACACACUGAGGAGCUGAGCCUGCUGAAGACGGAAGUCUCCUUAGAGCUGAGGGAGAGUCUAGAGGCUGCACAUCAGGCUGAACUGGAGCAGGCACAGGCCCAGAAGAGACUUGAGCUGGAAGCCUUGCGCUUGAGCCUGACAAACGUCCCCCAGACUCAGGGCUUUUUGAGGGAGAAUUUCACCCACGAGAUGGAACUCCUGCAGGCCCAGCACCAGUUAGACCUGGAGCGAAUGAGAGAGCAGAACCAGGCUCAGCAGGACAGACUGCGAGAGUUGCAUCAGCGGGACAUGGGGGAGUUGCAGCAGCAGUUUGCUGAGGAGAAAGGUUCCAUGGAGGAGAAACAGACCAAAGAGAUACAGACUCUAAGGUCAGACUGGCUAAUUGAAGCCGACAGCACCCAAUCAACGCUCCAGAACAGCCUUACAGAACUUGCCAAAACACACGAAGCCCUCAAAGCAACUAAGGAAGCUUUAAUUGAAGCACAGGAAUCUCUGACCCAAACUCGGACAGAGCUACAGGAGUCAAAGGACCAACUGGAGAGCUUGGAGACCACCAGUCAGGAGCAGAAGCAAAACCUGGAGGAGGAGCUGAAACAGGCCUGGGCCGACAGGGAUGCUGCUGCCCGUUCUCUGGAAGAGUUGGUUUGCAGCCAUAAGGCAUUGCUUCAGGAAAAGGAGCAGCAAGUGCGCCACCUAGAGGACAAAGAGCGGCACCUACAGCAAGAGCAGGUGUUGCGGCUACAGCAGGAGAAAGACCUGCUGAAAAAGAGCUCGGAGCAGGAAGUAGGUCAGUUGUGGACCCAGAUGGAGAGCAUGAGGGCCAAUCGUCAAGAGUUGGGAGAGCUGAAGGAACAGCUGUUGGCUCGCUCAUCCUGCGUCGAUGACAUCGAGUGCCUCAAAGCAGAAUUUAAUGAACAAAAGCGUGAAAUCAAAGAGCAGAACGAGGCCGAGCUGGAGAACCUAAGGAGGUACUUUGAGCAGCGUUUGCGCGUGUCAGAGGAGAGCUACCGAGAAGAAAUUGCUCUGCUCCAGCUGAGACUGGUGGAAGACGCUUUAGAGGAAUCUGUGCUUAAAACCGCAGACAGCAGUUUUGCACCACAAAGUCCAGCUGAUGAGGAAAAAGAUGGCGAGCAAUGUGACACCAGCCUCAAACUGGAGAAACACAAGGAAGUGCUUGACAUUAGUCUACACGCUCACCUGGAAGAGAAGCACACAGUGGAGCUGACUGAGCUGCAAUCAUCCUUUAAGGAAGAACUGCAGCAGGUGCGUUCUGACCUGACAGACCUCUACUAUGGUGAGCUGCAGGAGAUGAAAACCCGUCAUUCUUUGGAGCAGGAGCAACUUCGGGCCAAGCUAUCAGAUCGUCACUUGCAAGAGCUGACUCGCAUCCAGUUGGAGGCUGCACGACAAAUCGAGGCGGAGGUUGAACAGAGGUUAUGGUGUCACACUGAGGAGCUGCACACCAAGAUGACCCUCAUUCAUACCCUGGAUAACACAGUACUCAACAUGGACAAACAACACAAUGCGGAGCUGCAAAAAUUGAAACAGGAGCUUGACAAAGAGCGCGCUCGCCACAAGGAUGUACUGAUGCAAGAGAGGGAACAUGCGCAGGAGGAAAUAAGGAGCAUAAGAGAUGAGCUCCAAGAGAAGCAUGAAGCCUUGAGGAUUAACCUCAUAAGACAGAUGGAGGGGGAGAAGGCACUCUUGGAGGAGAAGAACAAGCUCAACUCCAUCCAGCCAGCACUCGACAACAGCCAGAAUCUACAGGCCCUCAAAGCCAAGCAUGAUGUGGAGCUCCAACGUGAGAAGAACAGCAUGGCCAAGGAGAUGAAAGAGCUCGCUGUUUUGCUCCAGCAGCAAGCUGAGGAGCGGCUUAAACAAGCCCAAGAGAGAUUUGAAGAGGAAAAGGCUAUUUUGGAGCAGUGUUUCUCCCAGAAAAUUGAAAUCUCUCUGGCGGAGCUGAGGAGCAAACAUCAAACUGAGCUGGAACACGAGAGAGCGGCCCUACUGAGCAAACACUCCCAAGAAAUGGACUCCCUUAACGUCAAACACAAAGCACAUCUGGACUCUCUCGGUGCCAGUCACAGAGAUCAACUCGUCGCCAUGAAUGGAGAGCUCCAGUCCAAGCACAAUGACCAGCUUGUUGCCUUGGAAGCGGCCCUCAAUUCCAAACGCAAGGAAGACCUCCGCGGCCUGGAGGCGAUGUUCCGAGAAACCAGCCAGGCCCAGCUUGAGGCUCAAGAAGCUGAGUUGGCACGGAAACACCAGGAGGAGAAGGAUGAAAUUGAAAAGAGGAUGCUUGCUAAUAUGGACACCUUGGAGACCACGUACUUGAAGGAAGUACAAAUGCUGCGUGAUGAGAUGGUGCGGCUCGAGCAGAGGCACCACCAAGCUCUUACCAGUCAACAAGUGGCGAUGGAGUGUCACGUUGCAGAGCAGGAGGCCAACAGAGAGGAGCUGAGGAAGGAGCUCGCUCAGAUGCACAUGGACAAGUUUAGGGCCAUGGCUGCUGAGCUCAGCCUCGUGCACCAGGCUGAACUGUCUGCUGAAAAAGAGACACUGGAUGCUGAACACUGCAAAGCUCUGGGUGAACUUAAAGCACAGGUUCUAGAGCUGGAGCAGCAGCACAGCGCUGCUCUUCAUGAGCUUACGCAGACGUACACCACUGAGAAAGAACAACUCUCCCAACAGCACCAACUCCAGCUACAGGAGCUGAAGAACAUCUCAGCCCGGGAAUUGGAGGCAUGUCGCAGGGAGCUUGAAGAGGCGUCGUCAAGGCAACGGCAGCAUUUCCUGGAGGAGGCGGAGCUCCUCAAAGUCCAAUCAGAGGAGAGGCUGCAGGACAGGAUUAAUCAGAUGAAGGCUGAUUUCCAGCAGCAGAAAGAGGCGGAGCUUGAGGGCCUGAGGCGGUCCUUCACAUCUGAACACGAAGAGAAGGAGCGCAUCUACACAAGCAAAAUGAGCCAGCUCACUGCCCAACUGCAGCAACUAGACGCUGUAGUUGCCCAGUUGCGAGCGGAGGUUGGCUGCCUGCAGGGAGAGCUAGAGGGGAAGCGUGCAGAGAUGGAGUCCCUGGACGCCCACCUCCAAAGACGGGAGCGUGAGAGCCAAGAGGGAGGGAACCUUCUAAAAUUGCUCACCGAUGACCUGCAGACUGCUAAAGAAGAGAGACACAAAUUGAACCAGGCCAAUGACAAGCUGAAGAAGGUCCUAAUGGAGAUGCUUCGCAGCACUAUUGCGACUGAAGAGCUGAUUGGUCAGAAGCUCAGCACCAGACCUAACACGUCUGCACAAUCUGUCCAUCAGAGGAGCUCAACAGGGUGUAAGGAGGCACAAGAACCAGGUGUGUUCACGCUUAAGUCUUCAAUUGGCCCAACAUGUGGACUUGACAGCAUAUACACUGUGGGAAUUCUCAUCACAGAUAUGACUUCCGAGGACUUGGAGCUGACUGACGCGCUCUGUGAGAGUCUACUGGUCUCGGACUCACAGAUCAACCCCGGAGGAGAAGAGGCGGCUCUAAUCGCAUGCAGUCGACUGCGCCACACAGUGGAUGCCCUCCUCGAGCUGCUCAAUCGGGCCAACACACAGCUGGAGCAGACUCAUAACAUCCACUUAUCUCUGGAGGAAAGGUUCCAUCAAGGCCAAGAGGACUCGGCUCAACUCGUUGAACAGCACAAGCUCCUGUUGGUGCAGAUUGAGCAGGAGGUGAAGUUAAAGAGUCAGCUGGAGCUGGAACUUCACAAGGCUGAAGGGCUCUUGGAGGGCUACGUGGCUGAAAAGGAAGCUCUUGAGGAGGCCCUGCUGCAGAAGGAGGCGCAAGAGGAGAGAUUAGUGGAGGAGCUGGAGGACCUCAGGAGGAAGGCGCACCAGAUGGAGGGCUUCGGCGCCGAGCUGAACAUCAUGAGAGCGAAACACCAGGAGCUCAGCGAGGAGCAUGCCAUGCUCUUACGCCAGAAGGAGCAUCUCUCCGCCGACCUCGGGGAGAGGGAAAAAGCUCUGCUGGCAGAGACGGAGCGUUUGACCCAAGACAGACUGGACUUGCAGCGGCAGGCCGAGAAGGACCACGGCUCUCUGUCUCAGCGCCUCAGGAACCUGGAGAGAGAGCUAGAGGAACAGGAGACCAAGGGCCUGGAGAUAGAGCUGCACCACAAGGCCCACACUGAAGACCUCAGCCAGCAAGUGCAAGCGCUGGAGAAACAGCUCAAACACAAUCGGCAGUUUAUUGAGGAGCAAGCUGUUGAGCGUGAGCAUGAAAGAGAUGAAUUCCAGCAGGAGAUUCGACAGCUGGAGAGUCAGCUCAGGCAGACGGCCGGAGGAGAGGUCAAAGUGCACAGGUUUGAGGACUUGGUUCUGCAGGUGGAGAAUCUACAAGCCAUUAUCAAAGACAAGAUGGAGGACCACGCCUCCUCAGUGGCGGCCAAUCAGCAGGCACAGCGAGAACUUGUUGAGCGCAACGAGGAGAUAGACAAGCUAGCCGGGCGUAUCCGAGAGCUGGAGCAAGCACUGCUCAAUAGCACUGAGUGCAACGUAUCCGUCGGUCAGCUUGAACAAGAGCUCCACCGGGCAAAGCUGAGGGAAGAGGCGCUCACACAAGAUAAGCAGGCACUAGAGCAGCAGCAGUUGUCCAACAGGCUUCAAAUAUCAGCGUUGCAGUCCAAACUGGAUGAGACGAGGCACUGUUAUCACGAUAACACACGUGAACCCACCCAAGAGCUUAGGGAUGCUCUGGACACUGCACAGCAAAGCCUACAGAGCAAGGAACAGGAGGUGGAACUCUUACUGAGCCAACUGGACAAUGUGCAGAGAGACUUGAGCAUUAAGGAAGUCGAGUUGAAACACCUGACGCUACAGUUGGAGCGGCUCAUCAGUGAGAAUGCUGCCCGUGUUCAUGAGCUUCAGGAGCAGAUUGAGGCCCUCAAGGACAAGGUGUGCACUCUUACCAUACUGGUGGAGGAAAAAGAGGCACAAAGAAAGAUGGAAGACCUUGUGGAGGAAAGCCUCCCGUCCGCUUUACUGGAGGAGAAAAACCAGGAGAUUGACCACCUCAGCAAUGAGAUCCAAAGGCUGGAACAGGAGCUGGAGAACACCAGGGACAACAAGGAGUUGGAGGCUGACCUUCACGAUUUGAGCUCACAAGUGGAGCAUCUUCAGUCGGAAAUCACACGGUUGCGCCAGGACAAACGAGAAGAGGAGGAACGCCUUCAUGAGGUCAUCAGCACACUACAGGCAGAGCUCUCUACACUCGGUGCCAACGUGCACGAAGUCAGUGACUCUCAGGAUGGCGACAGCAUCAAUCCCUCGCCCGCACCCAGCCCGGAACCUCGCCACUUCGCCCUCCAGGAGUCCGAGAGGCGAGGCAAGCCCAACAGCCUGAAGCAAGAGCUCAGUCUGACCUCCUCUCAGUCAGUUCGAUCACGCCUCAAAGUCCUUCAGAGUCAGCUGGAGAUGCUGGCGGUGGAGAAAGAGAGCUUGGAGCGUUUGCUGCACACCCAGGAAGAGGAGUACAGAGGACAUGGGGAGGAGUUGGGGCGGAGGCUCUCAGCUGAGAGGGAGAAGGCCGAUGAGCUCAAAGCGCUUCUCACUCUCAAAGAGGCUGAGCUUGUAGAACUCAAAGCUCAACUAGAAGACGCAAAGGAAGAGCAAAAAAUAUCUGAGGAUGAGAGGAACAAUUUCAGACUACACGUCCAGCAGGUGCAAGAAGAGAGAGUGCACCUCAGCGCGCUGGUUACUGAACUUCAAGAGAGGGAACAAAACACAGUCAAAGAGGUUGAAGUUUUAAAAACAAAAGGGCAAGAGUCAAAAAGUGAAAUAACGGCGCUCCGAGAAAGCAACCUCAUGCUGGAGGCACAAGUCCAGAGGCUACAAGCCAAGAUCUUGGACAGGGCAGAAGCUCUUGCCAAGGAGAGGGAAAGGACGGAAACACUUGUGACCGUGAAGGCUGAGCUGUCAGCAGAACGUGAAGUGCUCAGGAGGAGGGAGGAGCAUCUCCAGGAGGAAGUUGAAAAGUUGAGACAGGAAGUUGCUUCCCUGCUGGGCCACAUUGAUGACCUGACGAUGCAGCUCCAGGAGAGGGAAUCGAGUCAAGAAGAUGCUCAAAAGGACUUUUUGACUAAUGCAGAGGAGACGUUGGCUAAAGCGGAUGCUGCCUUAAGACUGAGAGAGACCGAGCUGGCUAGACUGGGGGUGGAGCAUCAGGCCCUGAGAGCAGAGUUGACCGUAGUCAAACAAGACUUGAACAGCAGCACCCAAAGAGCUGAAAAACUACAUGAGGAACUACAGAGUAAAGAAAGGGCUCUAGCCAAUUUGGAGAAUGACAACCACCUCUUGAAAGCAGAGCUUCUACAUCUGCAGGACCUGGCCCUGCAGGAGGAGACACGACACCAUCUGCAAGGACUGCAAAUCGGACAACACAGUCGCCAGCUAGACACGCUUACUCACCAUAAGGGAUGUUCACCCAGGGAUAUUUCACAGAGAACGUUCAAGGAUGCUGUGAGCCUCUACCAUGACAAGUCCUCUCUGAGCUCUCCGGAGGUGCUGCGUCAUCUGGAACGCUCCGAAGACUUACUCCAAGAAGAGUUCCACGCUUCGGUUCUGUGCUCUCAUGUGUCAGAGUUGAGCGCACUCACUACCACAGACCUGGAACACCUGCGGGGUAACAAGUCACCUGAGGUCACUAUGGAGCCGCCUCUAUCCAGGACAAUCACCCCUGACCCGGCUACGCAGAGCACCCACUCCCCUCGGUCUCUGUCCGUCUCUGAUAACUUCUCCAUGGUGGACUCGGUGUGUAAUUUGGAAGGACUCGACCUAACGGCUCCACCGUCACCACUUGGCUCCACCUCCUCCAUAUCUGCACCAGAGUGGGCCAGUGACGGCUACGGCAGCAAUGUGAGCUCUGAACUGGGUGCCAGGCUGAGAGUGGAGCUAGACCAGACCGAGAGGCUGGACGCUCAGUUUGUGGAGUAUCUGCGCUGUAGAGGCAUGAACCCCACUGCGAACACUGACAGUGCUGCAGGCAGCAUGAGUUACAGUGAUGACCUGCUGUCUCCAGAGCUUCAGGCGCUGUUGAGGAAAGUGUACCAGGAAAGCUGCAGAAUACUCACCCUGUCCCACCGACGUGCCCCGCAAUGCGUCCAGGAAUUAAACGCAAUCUCACAGCUUCGUGAGGACGAGUGCCCAACUUUACUGAACCAGGGGGACAAGUCCUCCUCAGAUCCCCCCAUGAGCUGGCAGCAGGAGAAGAGGGCACUGCAGGAGACGGUGGUCGCACUGCGGGAGCUGCUAUGUAGGAUGGCGCAGAGACGCACACACGCUGACCUCAGAAGCGAUGGUGACAGAGAGCAGCUCCAGAGUGAAUCCCAAACCAGAGCAGAGCUGCUGGAGAGCCAGAAACUGCUCAAAUGUGCACACGAGACUCAGCAGGAGCAAAAGAACAAAAUACUGUCGCUCAGGUUGACUAUAGAAGAGUGUGAGGAGGCAUUGAGCCAAGAGCAGACUCGAGUCCAGGAUCUUAAGCAGCAGUUGGAGCAGGAACGAGCUCUCUGUGUGCGGCAAGAGAGAGAAGUGGAGCACAAGUUAGAGGUUAUGCGAAUGUCUUCUGAACAGCAGAGGUCAGAGUUGAUGGCCCUCACUGGCCAGGUGGAGCAGGAAAGGGUUGCAUGUAGCAACCUGAGACGAGAGCUCCAGAUAGAACAGUCCCGCAGCGUUCUACUGGAGAACCGUCUGGACGAUUCCCAGAAGAAACUUGAAGACGAACGCCAGCACUCCGCCGAGCAACACAAGCUUCACAUGCAGGACAAGACUCACGUUGAGCGCAUGUUAAUGGAAUCAGAGUCCUGUCUGUCCGAUGUCCGCUCAAAGCUGGCUGACGCCCACCGGAUGCUGGAUGAAGAGCGAGACCGCUGCUGCAAACAGUUGGACAUCAGCCGCAGGCAUGAAGAAGAUGCGGCUAGGGGCGAGAAGUUCAUAUCCGACCUGCGCUUCCAGCUGGGGCAGGAGCGAAGGCAAGUGGAGGAGAUGGCAGGCAUGGUGGAAAAGCUUAGGGCGGACCUUCUGCAGAGCAGGAGGCAAUGGGAACAAGACAAGAGCAGAGAGGAGAUGUAUAGGGAGGAGGCCGCCACCCGGCAUCUCUUAGCUGCGGAGGCCUUGACGGAGCAGAAAAAGGAGGUCAGCCGCGCUUUGGAUGCAGAGCGAGAACGGUCGAGGCGCCAGGCGGAUGAGCUUGCCGAGCUGAAGGACAAGGAGCGACAAAAAGAGGAGGCAUGGGAGAGGGAGAGGAAGAAGAUCUGGCAGGAGCAAAUGGAUCGGGAGAGACGACAGGAAAGGACCAACACCAAACUGCGCGACUUGGAGUUGUUGAGGCAGCAGGACAGGCAGCGCUUGGACGAGCUGCAGGGCACUCUGACGGAGCUCCAAAGGGAGGAAAAGGAGAUGGCUGCUCAGAGGAUGUCUGGACUAAGUGGCGAAUGCCACCAGACUGACAACGCCAAUGUUGGGGGCUCCCGACAAAGCCAGCAGAGCCCGUCCAUUGCACCGUCCAGGCUACUGGAGAGGACAAUGAGCGAGAACUCUGAGCUAACGCACCGCGUGACAUCGCUCAUUCAGGAGAGAACCGCCCUCAAGCACAAACUCUCCUACAUGGAGCAUCAGCUGCGCCGCGCCGAGAACGAACUCACCAAUGUCGCCACGGAGAGCGAAAACAUACCCAUUAGCGACAUGGCCCACCACAACAAGGUGCAGCGUUUGUACGAGCGCUACCUGCGUGCGGAGAGCUUCCGGAAAGCUCUGGUGUAUCAGAAACGUUACCUGCUGCUCCUGCUGGGAGGAUUCCAGGACUGUGAGCAGGCCACUUUGUGCCUGAUCGCCAACAUGGGGGCACGGCCCUCACCCUUGCCUUCAUUACGAAGACCCGUUGGAAGAUUUAGGGCUGCGGUGCGAGUGGUCAUCGCUAUCUCGAGAAUGAAGUUUUUGACCAGGAAAUUCCAGAAAGCCGUCAGAAGAUUAUCUGUGUGGGGUACUGUUAAUGGACAUGCCUCAGGCUCGAAAGUAGAGGUUUUACGUCAAAAGCAGCAGCCACGCUUGAAUUCAGACUCGCCACCAAACAGAGAUACGGUGUCUGCUCUUGUACCACCCAGCAAAUCACCUUUCAGGCUGUGCAACAGGUCCUACUCCAGCUCAACCCUAACCUCGGGCGCAACGUCUCAGGAUCCAGAAAGAUCCCUAACUGAAUACAUCCAUAACUUGGAGAAAGUUCAGCAGCGCUUGGUGGGCUCCAAGCAAGAUGAGGCACAUUUAGUCCCACCUCCAAGAGAGGAAAGGCGGUUACAGGCAGCCUGUUCCCCUGAUAUGAUUGGCUAUCGGCAGCGCUGGCUGCAGGAGAACAGGACGUGGCUGUACCUGAGCUGCUUGUCGCCUCUUUACCUGCAUGGCCCAGGUUCUUCUGUUCCCCAAGACCACAAGUCGGAUCACUAAAACCACCAAUUUUAUCUAUGCCUUACAUCCAUGUAAUUAAUUGUAUUGCAUGGAUUUUUUAUGACUUGUACAUAAAUUGUUUUAUUUGUUCUUAUAUGUACCUCCAAUGUUAUGAAGGCCAAAAUGUUUUUGCCAUCAUUUUUAAAUAGUGUUGUAUUUUUCUACUAAUGUUUUACACCACUAUGUGCUAUGUCAUAUAUGGUUUUGCACUGGAAAAAUCCUCCUGGAUCAUCAGCAUAGCUGUGUGUACAUUGUUCCGGCCAUUUAUUUUUUUUGUAUCUUUAGUGUUUCUACUGCUAAGAUAAUAAAUACUUGAAAUGUGAUGACAGCACUGACUCGUUUUUGUUUU